AUGGAAAUAUUACAAGAUAUCAGGUGCGCAAAUGAUUCUACUGUUGGCGGGAAAGCUAGUCAUAAAGGGGAUUCCGCUGAGGCCAGAAUCCCUGCACUCUCGAAUGAAAACCAAGACGCCCCCGCGUCGAAGUGCUUCAUUGCGUUGACGGCCGAGGUCUAUCGCUCUCGCAUCAGCACGCGGGAGAAGCCCCUCACGACCGAAUAA